AUGCCCCUCCCUACAGGUGUGUACCGCGCCGACCAAGUCGGGUCGCUCCUCCGGCCCAAAGAAGUCCUGGCGCUCCGCGAAAAGAUCGCCCAUGGCGAGGCCUCGAUCGAGGACCUCCGCCCGCUCGAGGACAAGUACAUCGCCGACGUGGUGCGCAAGCAGCUGGACGCGGGCCUCCGGGCCAUCACGGACGGCGAGUUCCGCCGGGCGUUUUUCCACCUCGACUUCCUGCAGCACCUCGACGGGAUCGAGGUGCGCGGCCAGCUGAUGAGCACCAACACGUCCAAGGGCGGGUUCCAACCGCCGACGCUCGUCGUCACGGGCAAACUGGCCCACACCAAGGCCAUCCAGGUCGACGACUUUAAAUUCCUGGAGCGGCAGAUCCGCGAGGCCGGCGGCGCGGAGCAGGCCACCACCAAGGUCGCCAUCCCCAGUCCCACCAUGGUGCACUUCCGCGGCGGCCGCCAGACGAUCGACCUCGACGCCUACCCUUCCAUGGACGACUUCUUUGACGACCUGGCCCGCGUGUACCAGGAGGAGGUGCGCGACCUGUACGCCGCGGGGUGUCGGUUCCUGCAGCUCGACGACACCAAUCUCGCGUACCUGUGCGAUCCCAAGAUGCGCACCGAGGCCGAGGCCCGCCAUGGGAGUGAUGCGCGCGAGAUCGCGCGGCAGUACGCCAGCUUGAUCAAUCGGGCCAUCGAGAAGAGGCCGGCCGAUAUGACGGUGGGGAUUCACUUGUGUAGAGGCAACCAUCGCAGCCAGUGGUUCGCGCAGGGCGGCUACGAACCGGUCGCCGAGGUGCUCUUCCGCGACCUCAAUGUCGACGUCUACUUCCUCGAGUACGACGACGCGCGGUCCGGCGACUUUAGCCCCCUCCGGCACUUGCCCGAGAACAAAGUCGUGGUGCUGGGCGUCAUGACGAGCAAAAAGGGCGAGUUGGACGACAAAGACGCGAUUAUCCAGCGGCUGAACGAGGCCGCAAAGUACUGCAAGAAGGGGUUGGACCAGCUGUGUGUAAGUCAUCAGUGUGGGUUUAGUAGUACGAUGGAGGGCAACGAGUUGAGUGAGGAGCAGCAGUGGGCGAAGCUGCGGCUGGAGGUGGAGAUUGCGAAGAAGGUCUGGGGUGAUGAUUUGUCGAAAUAG